AUGAAGUAUUUGAUAAAUCUAGCCUCAUCGGACGUCUUAACUCGAUUAAUUCGAUGUGGUAGACCGUUGUUACUACCUUCGAAACUAGCCGGAUGCUGUCUGCACGCAGUUGCUACUACACCUGCUGUGUUCUCCUUUAAGCACCGUGAUUUGGAAGUUAUCAAAGUAAGACGGGAGCGAAUGCAGCAGAAACCAGAACCGGAAAGUGAACUGCUAUUUGGUCAUCAAUUUUCAGAUCAUAUGCUUGAGAUAGAAUGGACAGCAAAGAAAGGUUGGUCUCGACCUCUAAUAUGUCCAAUUCAUGACUUAGUAGUGCAUCCCGCUGCAAAGGUUUUCCACUAUGCAGUUGAAUUGUUCGAAGGUAUGAAAGCAUAUAGAUGUGAUGACGAUAAAAUUAAUUUGUUCCGUCCGGAAAAAAACAUGGAGCGCAUGUGCCGUUCCGCAGCUCGAGCUGCUCUGCCGACAUUCGACAAAAAUGAAUUGAAAAAACUUAUUUGUGAACUAGUAACUAUUGAUGCAGCUUGGGUACCUAAGUCACCCGGUUCACUUUACAUUCGUCCAACGAUUAUCGCUACUGAGCCAACUCUUGGUUUAUCACAUGCAGAGCAAGCUUUACUUUUCGUAUUAACUGGUCCAGUUGGACAAUACUACUCGACUGGAUUCAAGCCUGUUUCAUUGUAUGCUGAUCCAUCCUUCUGCCGAUCAUUUCUUGGUGGUGUUGGGCAAUAUAAAAUGGGCUGUAAUUAUGCGCCAACGAUACUAGUCAGUAAAACAGCGGCUUCGAAAAAUUGUCAACAGGUACUGUGGUUAUAUGGUGAAGAACAGUGGAUCACAGAAGUAGGAGCAAUGAACAUCUUCAUCUAUUGGAAAAAUGAACAAGGAGAUGACGAAUUAGUAACAGCACCACUAUACGAUGGGAUAAUAUUACCAGGUGUUACCAGAGAUAGCAUUUUGCAUUUGGGAAGACAGAUACAUGAUAUUAAAGUUACCGAACGUUAUGUUCAAAUGGGAGAAAUACGACGAGCCAUCAAAGAGGAAAGGAUGUACGAAAUGUUUGGCACCGGUACAGCAUGUGUUGUUUCUCCAGUAGAUCGAAUUUUAUAUAAAAAUCCCUGUACAGGAGAUUUCGAGGAAAUGAUUAUACCAACGAUAACCCACAAGCCCAACCUUAUGCAGAAACUUUACCAAACAGUGGUUGACAUACAGUAUGGGAAGAUAAAGAAGCCAGAAUGGACGAUGGAAGUUACCUCAUUUUCACAGUCAACUAUGUCCACUUCUUGA